GCCACGAGAUUGAGUUGCGCAGCACAUAUCCUGAACACAGUAUUGCAUACCACACUUAGGAAACCUGCUGAGGACGAUUUGUUUGGCGAAGAGGUAUCUGGUGUCUUUGAGUCCGCUAAGUCGCUUGUGACUUAUUUUAAGCAGUCACAUCUCCAGAAUCGUCUGCAAAAAACACUGAAAGCAUCCGUGGAGACGCGAUGGAACUCGCUUCACACGAUGCUGGACUCCAUUAGCAGCCAGUACGAGACCAUCCGUGCUCUUCUGGAGGAACGUGACGAAGAACACCGUUUAAACUGCAUGAGCAAGGAGACUUUGCAUGACAUUGUGAAUUUUUUGGCACGAUUCAAAGAAGCCACAAAAGCCCUGGAAGCAUCCAAAACUCCGACCAUUCACUUGACAGCUGUGUGGUUGGAGCGCCUCAGACGUCACCUUCAGCCGUCUUCUACCAACAGUCUGACAUUGUCAUCGCUUAAAGAAAAAUGCCUCAAGAUUUUAACUGAGAAAUUUGAGCUGCAUCUCUUGCACAAGCUGGCAAUGUUCUUGCAUCCAAAGUUGAAAAGCCUAAAGCUGCUGGCAGACCAUGGUGAAAUUAUGGGAGUUCAUAGCGAAGCACGGCAUCUUGUGAAAGAACUCGAGGAGAAACGCGAAGAUCUGCUAUCAGGCCGCAGCAUGUCGGCGGCCCCAGCUGCGAAGAGAGUUCGUUUGGUUUCAACAGUUGAUCGUUUGUCAGACGUAGAGGACUCCAGCGAUGACACUGUGCUGCCCGAGGACGAGGUCUCUGCAUACAUCGAGUUCAAGCCACCCAAGGGGGAUCCUUUCGAUGUUUUGCUGUGGUGGAAGGAGCAUGCGAAAACAUUUCCCAACCUGGCAAAGAUUGCGCGGAAUGUUCUCUCCAUCCCAGCAUCGAGCGCUGCGAGUGAGAGAGACUUUUCCACAGCUGGAUUUGUAAUUCAAGAACGGAGAACGCAACUUAAACCUGGGACUGUGGACGACAUCCUUUUCCUGCACAGUAACCUUAAGGAAAAGUAAAUGCAUAGGCAUAGGCCUAUAGUCUAUUGUUUGUGAGCGACAGGCUCAAGUUGGUUUUUUUGUCUUGUUCUUUUUUUUUCAUUAAUAGGUCUAUUUGCGUAUAGUUAUCAGGUUCCAUAGCCUAUUUAAGUGCCGAUGGUAGGCUACUUGAAUGGCGCAAAACAAAUCGCACUUUAGCCUGUUUCAUUAGUCCAUUCAUGACGCUGUUGUGAUGUUGAGAGAGGUGCGAGAUAAAAAAUAAAGCACUUUAAUUGGAAUGAUUUUAGCGUGUGUGAUUUAUCGCGGGCACGGAUCGGGUAACGGGCCAAAUAUUAACGGGUCUGGGCGGGUGCGGAUUUAAUUUUGAUAUUAUCACGGGUGACGGGUCGGAUCUGGUGCUGAACUUUGCAGGUACGGGCGGGGGCGGGUCUCCAAAAAUGGACCCGUGCAGGACUCUGGAGGGGUCUUUAUCAGGUCAAAAGCCAAAUGGCUAGAGGAUGGAGAGACUAAUUCCAGUUAUUUUUUUGCGUUAGAGAAGAGGAAUUGCAGGAGAAAUUUUUUGACAGCUCUAAAUAUUAAUGGUGUCAAGUGCACUGAUCCUAAUCUAAUUUCUAAUUUUAUCACAAGCUUUUAUGACAAACUUUACACUUCCGAAUUUAAUAUGGAUAAUUGUGAGACUUUUGUCGAAACAAUUAAAAACUAUAUUCCUACCAUUGAUAAUGAUUUUAAAGACCUCCGUGAGUCUACUUUAACAAUUGGGGAAAUUAAAUCUGCUCUCUUCUCUAUGAAGAAAGGGAAAUCCCAGAUUUUCUGUCGAAUUUUACGUCCAUUUUUGGGACUUAAUAAAAUCCCCUCUGCUUUGCAUGUACGAAGAAAGUAUUGCUCAGAAGGAAAUGACUACAUCAAUGAAACAGGGUAUAAUUUCUCUUAUUCCAAAACCUGAAAAAGAUUCUCUCUUAAUUGAUAAUUGGCGACCAAUUACACUCUUAACAGUUGAUUAUAAGAUCUUGGCCUUGGUAUAUGCUAAUAGAUUGAAACUUAAGCUUAAUCAAAUUAUUGCGGAAAUGCAGUCAGGUUUUGUCAAAGGUAGGCAUAUUAGCAAUAAUAUAAGACUUGUUUUAGAUUUACUGGAUUAUGCUGAUUUUGUGCACUCUAAAGCCAUUAUUCUUUUCUUAGGUUUUAAUAAGGCCUUCGACACCAUUGAACAUGGAUUUCUCCUGCAAUCUCUCAAACUGGUUUUGGGGAUUCUUUUGUUAACAUAAUUGAAAUGUUUUAUAAAAGGAAUUAGUAGUUCCGUCAUAGUCAAUAUGUACACCUCUCAAAGAUUUGCUAUAAAGCGUGGUGUCAGACAGGGUUGCCCGAUUUCACCCUUUCUAUUUAUUUUGGUUACUGAGCUAUUAUCAUUGAGUAUUAUGCACAAUCAGAGCUUAAAAGGUAUCUCCAUCUUCGAUAGGGAAAUCAAAAUUUCGCAGCUGGCUGAUGACACCACUCUUUUUUUAAAGGAUAAAAGUCAAAUCUCUAGUGCCAUUCAGAUAGUUAAAAAGUUCUCGUAUGCUUCUGGGUUAAAGUUAAAUAUGUCCAAGUGUGAGAUAAUGUCUCUGCAUAAUUGCGACGAUACGUUAAUUGAUGGUAUUCCAGUCAAAGACACAAUAAAGUAUUUAGGUAUUUAUUUAACUAAAAAUUUAGUAGCCAGACAGCAACUUAAUUUUUCUAGUCGGAUUAAGAAAACCCAAAAUAUUUUUAAUCUUUGGUUACAAAGAGAUCUAUCUCUCUAUGGUAGGGUUUUUCUUUCGAAAGCAGAAGGUCUUUCUCGCUUCAUGUAUCUCUUUAUAUGUGACUGAUUUUACUGCCAAAAGUGUCAAUAAAAUUUUCCUUGACUUUAUAUGGAAAAACAGGUCUCAUAAACUUAAAAAAGCAGUAAUUUCCAACUGUAGAAGUGAUGGGAGACUAGAAGUGUUAAAUUUUCAUAACAUUAUUAAUGUGUUUAAAAUAAACUGGCUUAAAAGAUGUCUAAUAAAUCCAAAUUCUUUAUGGUUUUUUAUUCCUAAUUAUAUAUAAUAAAAUUGGAGGCCUAACUUUUAUCUUAAAAUGUAAUUAUAUGUAUAAUAAACUCCCGGUUAAACUAUCUAAUUUCCAUCAGCAGGCUCUUCUUGCAUGGAAAUUGUGUUACAUCCACAAUUUUUCACCACACAAAACUCUUCUGUGGAAUAAUAUGAAUAUAACUGUCAGAAACAAAUCUCUCUUUUUCCCCAAUUGGUUUAAUAGAGGUUUAACUUAUAUUCUUUCUUUAUUUGACAAUUCUGGUAAUAUCUUGUCCUAUGAAUGCUUUAUGACUGUUCAUGACUUCCCUAUUCCUUUUAAAGAAUAUAAUACCGUGAUUAAAGCUAUUCCCACAGGUCUAGUGCAUCUGGUUAAGAGCCACAUAUUGUACAACCAGAAAGAUACAAAGGAGUCGGCUUUGUUAUUGGAUGGCAUUAGCAUUUAUGACAAGAAAUGUAAUAAUAAACACAUCCGACAAGUUUUUCAGAAAAGAGACCAAAUUCGCCCUAGAGGCAGAUCUCAUUGGGCUGCCCUAAUUGAUAAUAUCAACUGGAGAAAAGCAUGGUUGUUAGCCUAUAAAUAUUGCAUUCCUAAUAAGACUAAAGAAGUCCACUUUAAAAUACUGCAUAAGAUAUACCUGGUUAAUUCAACAAUAUCCAAAUAUGUUGAUAUUCCUAGUACUUGCUCAUUUUGUGGUCAUGAAGACGAAACAUUGAUACAUUUAUUCUAUUCUUGUGAAUUGGUUCAAAAGUUUUGGUCUAACUUAUACUCCCAUUUAAAUAAUACCCCCAUUAAUACACAAUCUUUUAAUUUGAAAGAUAAUAUUUGUUAUUACACUGAUUCCAACAAAUCUAAAGAAUAUAUUUUCAAUUUUUUUAUUUUGUUUACAUUUUUCAUCCAUAAACAGAAAUUUAUGAGCUCACUUCCUACUCUCUCACAUUUUUUGAUUGAGGUAGACUCGCUGCUUAAAUCUUUUAGGUUAACUAGUAAUGCAAAAUGUGAUCGAUUCCUAAAGCUAUAUGAACAAUUCUUUUGUAAUGGCUCUGAUGGUCAAGUUUAAUCAGCUUUGUAUUGACCUUUUUUUUUUUUUUUUUCCCCGAUUACUUAUUUCUUAGUAUUGUUUCCCCAUAAAUGUAUGGUACUUAUCCCCUUAUUUCUCCCUUUUUUGUCCCUUGUCUUUUAUAUCCUCUUCAUAUUUACGUAAAUUAUUCUUAACACUUCUUUUAGAUAUUUGACUCUACAUACAAAGGUCUUUUAUUUCUUAAUUCAAAGUUUUUUUUUUAUCUUUUGGUUCGGUCUUAAAAAUUACAGUGCAAGCGCUAAGUGAACCAGGACUAAAUGUAUUAUUUCUUUUAUUGUUCCAGACAAUAGCAAGAGAACCAAACUACCAGUGUGAACACACCCUAAAUGAACAUUUAAAGUAAAAGUUCUUCUUUGGCAAAAUAACAUUUCUUUAAUAGCCUAAACACAGGCUGUACUCCCUUCAAACUUAAAUUGUCACUGUUUCCGUCACUGCAACUUCCCAAACACACACACAAGAAAUUAAAUAUGUUCAGCCCAAGCAAAGGCUGAAUAUAGGCUUUAUUAGUUUAUUGUCAUAUACAUACAGUGCUUCACAGCUGUUUCAUAACAUAUACCUAGCACUUGAUUCGUCCUGGUUAACUCUUUCAGGAAAACGCUCCCACGUGGUACUUUUCUUUCAAUCCUUUUGUUUUUAAUUCUCCUUUUUUAAAUAUAUCUCAGAUCUGUUUUGCCUCCAGUGCUGCUUAAACAAGUGGACCCCGAAACUGCAUAGCUUAUCCGAAUCUGUGCAUGACUAAUGUGUGGUAACACUUUACUGAAUGAUCCACUUUAGACAGUCUACUAAUAAGUAACUUUGCAACUACUUGUCAACUAGCAGUCAUUAAAGUAUUAUUAGACUGUCUGCUUAAUAUCUGCUAACACUUUAUUUUGAUGGUCCCCCAACAGACAUUCGACUAUAAGUAACUUUGUAACUACUUGUCAAUUUAUUCUACUAACCCGAACCCUAACACCCACACAGACACACAUUACCUCAGUCUACUAAUACUCUAAUGAGAGUUAGUCGACAUGUAUUUGGAAAGUUACUUAUAGUUAGUAGAAUGUAAAAAGUGGACCAUCAAAAUAAUGUGUAACCAAAUAUGUAUAUCUUAUCUUUUGUAUAACAACUUCUUGGCCUUUGUAAAUGAUUUUUUGGAUGCUGAGGGAGGGAGGCAGGGGAGGAUGGGAAAGCAGUUAAUAAGCAAAUUGUGUUCUUUGGAGAUUUUCUUGUUAUUUUUCAUAUUUUUUCAAUAAAGAUAUGGUUUAAAAAAAAAAAAAAAAAAAAAAAAAACAACCUCACUCAAGACCAAGUUGGGACAGGUGCUCUGCCAUGUCUAUGUGUGGUUUGUGUUUUAUUCCUCUUUUUAAGGUUCCACAGAUGACAAUGUUCAUUUUAUUUUGAAGUUUUUAUUUGAAAGUAUGGGCCAAAAAUGGGAGCUGAAAUAUUUCCAGGUUUUAAUUUGGCCAGUGCAAACUUGUAAAUCGACUUUUUUUUUUUUUUUUUUUUUUUUUUUUUCAA